UGGCCAACAUAUUCCUGUACCUGGGCGCCAUCAUCGUGGGCAUCAUGUCCUAUUACAUGGCUGACCGCAAGCACCGCAAGGCCUUCCUGGAGGCUCGCCAGUCUCUGGAGGUGAAGAUGAACCUGGAGGAGCAGAGCCAGCAGCAGGAGAAUCUUAUGUUGUCCAUCCUGCCCAAGCAUGUGGCUGAUGAAAUGUUGAAGGACAUGAAGAAAGACGAGAGCCAGAAGGACCAGCAGCAGUUCACCACCAUGUACAUGUACCGCCAUGAGAACGUCAGCAUCCUGUUUGCCGACAUUGUGGGCUUCACACAGUUGUCCUCUGCCUGCAGCGCCCAGGAGCUGGUGAAGCUGCUCAACCAGCUCUUUGCCAGCUUUGACAAGCUGGCGGCUAGGUACCACCAGCUGCGUAUCAAGAUCCUGGGUGACUGCUAUUAUUGCAUCUGUGGGCUUCCUGACUACCGAGAGGACCAUGCUGUCUGCUCCAUCCUCAUGGGACUCGCCAUGGUCGAGGCCAUCGCAUAUGUGCGCGAGAAGACCAAGACGGGGGUGGACAUGCGUGUGGGAGUGCACACGGGUACCGUGCUGGGCGGCGUCCUGGGCCAGAAGCGCUGGCAGUACGACGUGUGGUCCACGGACGUGACUGUGGCCAACAAGAUGGAGGCUGGAGGCAUCCCAGGGCGCGUGCACAUCUCCCAGAGUACCAUGGACUGUCUGAAGGGCGAGUUCGACGUGGAACCGGGGGACGGUGGCAGCCGCUGUGACUACCUGGACGAGAAGGGCAUCGAGACCUACCUGAUCAUCGCGUCGGGGCCCUACGUGAAGAAAAGCUCCCAAAAUGGCUCGGUACCCAACGGGCUGCCCACCGCCUCCAGGCCCAACACCCCGAUCCUCAUUGAGACCAAGGAGCCCAAUGGAGGCACCCACACCACUGGCUCCACGACGGAGGAGCCUGCGGAGCAGGAGGGAGAGGCCGACAACCCCGCCUUUCCCAACCCCCACCGGAGGCUUCGGCUCCAGGACCUGGCUGACCGCGUGGCAGACGCGUCCCAGGACGAGCAUGAGCUCAACCAGCUUCUGAACGAGGCGCUGCUAGAGCGCGAGUCCGCACAGGUGGUAAAAAAGAGAAACACCUUCCUCCUGUCCAUGCGCUUCAUGGACCCUGAGAUGGAGACGCGCUACUCGGUGGAGAAGGAGAAACAGAGUGGGGCGGCCUUCAGCUGCUCCUGCGUGGUCCUGUUCUGCACGGCGCUGGUGGAGAUCCUCAUCGACCCCUGGCUCAUGACCAACUAUCUGACCUUCGUGGUGGGGGAGGUUCUGCUCCUGGUCCUGACAAUCUGCUCACUGGCCGCCAUCUUCCCCCGGAACUUUCCAAGGAAGCUCGUGGCCUUUUCCACUUGGAUUGACAGGACCCGCUGGGCAAGGAACACGUGGGCCAUGUUAGCCAUCUUCAUCCUGGUGAUGGCCAAUGUGGUGGACAUGCUGAGCUGCCUCCAGUACUACGCGGCUGCAGGCAACUUCACGGCAGGCCCCGAACCAGAGGACGGCUGCGUGCAGAACCCCAAGUAUUACAGCUAUGUGGCGGUGCUGUCUCUGGUCGCCUGCAUCAUGUUGGUGCAGGUCAGCCACAUGGUGAAGCUCACGCUCAUGCUGGUGGUCUCGGGUGCCGUGGCCGUCGUCAACAUCUACGCUUGGCGCCCCAUCUUCGACAACUACGACCACAGGCGCUUCCAGGAGACGGAAUUCCCCAUGGUGGCCUUGGAGAAGAUGCAGGUUCUUCCUGCCCCAGCGAUCAAUGGCACCGACAGCCUGCCCCUGGUGCCUUCCAAGUACUCCAUGACCGUGAUGAUCAUUGUCAUGAUGCUCAGCUUCUACUACUUCUCCCGCCAUGUGGAGAAACUGGCGCGAACACUCUUCUUGUGGAAAAUUGAGGUCCACGACCAGAAGGAGCGAGUCUACGAAAUGCGACGCUGGAACGAGGCCUUGGUCACCAACAUGCUGCCCGAACAUGUGGCCCGCCACUUCCUGGGCGGCAAAAAGAGAGACGAGGAGCUGUACAGCCAGUCCUAUGAUGAGAUCGGCGUCAUGUUUGCCUCCCUGCCCAACUUCGCCGACUUCUACACCGAGGAGGCGAUCAACAAUGGCGGCAUCGAGUGUCUUCGCUUCCUCAAUGAGAUCAUCUCCGACUUUGACUCUCUCCUGGACAAUCCUAAAUUCCGGGUCAUCACCAAGAUCAAGACCAUUGGCAGCACCUACAUGGCUGCUUCUGGAGUCACCCCUGAUGUUAACACCAAUGGCUUCACCGGCUCCAAGGAUGAGAAGUCCGACAAGGAACGCUGGCAACACCUGGCAGACCUGGCAGACUUUGCGCUGGCCAUGAAGGAUACGCUCACAAACAUCAACAAUCAGUCCUUUAACAACUUCAUGCUGCGUAUCGGCAUGAACAAAGGCGGGGUGCUGGCCGGUGUCAUUGGGGCCCGGAAGCCGCACUACGACAUCUGGGGCAAUACCGUCAACGUGGCCAGCAGGAUGGAGUCCACGGGAGUCAUGGGCAACAUUCAGGUGGUGGAGGAGACCCAGAUCAUCCUCCGCGAAUACGGCUUCCGCUUUGUGCGCCGUGGGCCCAUCUUCGUGAAGGGCAAGGGCGAGCUGCUCACUUUCUUCCUCAAGGGCCGUGACAAGCCGGCCGCCUUCCCCAACGGCUCCUCUAUGACGCUGCCCCACCAAGUGGUGGACAAUCCCUGAAGCGGGGCCGGGGGUGCAGACGGAGCCCGUGGGCAUCAUUCACCUAGACUUUAGGGUUUAUUUAAACCAUCUCCCCAGCGCCGUUGGGCGCAGCCACACAUGGUCAGAGUAGGGUCGUAGGCAUAGAGCGGAGUCCCCAGAGCCCCGAGCCAGCAGGGAAGCGACUGAGGGGGCUGUGAGCACAGGUAAAGAGCUCGAGGGGGGCCCCUGGCGUUGGGCACGGCCCCUCGUCCUGAUGUUCCUGAUAAUCUUGAAAGGUUCUUCUGGAACCUGUCACCUUCGUCAGUCAUGAGAGCAGGAAGUGCAAU